AUGGGGUAUCUCUACUCUGCUCUGCUCUGCUCUGCUCCGCUCAAAGCCAAAUUCGCCAUCGCCGACGCAAUCCCAAACCCCCACCUACUCCGCCUCGCGGGCCGGGUGCCGUUCGAUGCGGAGGGCCUGGGCGGCGGUCUCGAGGGCGGCGCGGGCGGCGAGGAGGCGGGCGCGGAGGCGGGCGUGGUGGGUUUGGAGGGGGGCGAGGGGGGAGGGGGCGUGUGGGCGUGGGCGUGGGGUGGUUGUGGUUGGGUUUGGGGUUGUGGUUGGUUUGGAUGCGGGCGGGGGAAGUGGUGGUGGGGGGGAGGAGGUGGGUACUGUGGUUGGAUGGGCGUCGGGGUGGGGAGGUGGGUCCUUGGUUGGGGGGGAGGAGGCGGCGGCGGCGGGUGGGAUUGA